AUGGAAAACGUAAGUAAAUAAUUAUGGGUUUGUAUAUAAUAAGUAGUAAAAUAAUAUCUCGUAUUUAAAUGUUUGAUUCAUUACUUUAGCAAGAAAAGACAGGUAGCAUUCAGGAGUCAGAAAUAAACAGCCAAUUAUCCAUUUCUACAAGCAAUGCAAAAAACAAAUUCAGACUAACAUUAGAACCCACAAUGAUGUUAUUACUGCUUGGAGUGAAUAUAAACAGUGAGUAAUGAGUAUAUUUGUGUUAUGAUAACAACAUCUUCCAAAAUGGUUUCUACUAUAAUUUUAUACACUUCUUUCUAGAUAGGUAGGUAUGAUGUAUAAAGGGGAGUAUAAUUAAUAAAUAAUAAUAGGUAAAUUUCUCCUCAAUCAAAUAUUGUUAAUAAUCUAAUACUGAAUUACAUGAAAUUUUAUAGAAUCAAUAAGUUGUUGAACUGAUUUCAGUUCUAUAACAUUUGCAGAGCUGUUUUUUUACUGGCUUUUACAACUCUCUAAGUUGUUGCCGUUAAUAUAACAUUGUGCCAAUUAUCCCUAUUAUCCAUUUCUCUUCACACGUCUAUUCCUGUAUUCCUUAGAUCCUUGCAGAGCUGUUAAACCAUGGAAGGUUUUGUUUACGAUCUUGUUUGUAGUUAUAAUUUUAACAUCAUGUAAAAAUAUAUUUUAAUAUUUUUGUUACUGUGGUUAAUAUGUUUUGAGUUCAUUAUUAUUAAUACUACUUAAUAAAUUAUAAUUAAAAUGUUAGUACCAUCACUAAUCAUCAUAUGAGUACUUCUUAUAAUGUUUAAAAUUUUGGUUAAUCUAUUAUGGUUUUUUCCAGAGUUUUUUCUAUUUUUGAAAAGUUCUUUAAUAUAUACUUAGUAUAAUGUUUUAGUCUGUGUUUAAUGUUUUACUUUCAUUUUUAUUGGCUAUAUAUUAUAAAUUAGCGAGUAGAUUAGUUAUUACCUAUUAUAAUUUUAAAACAAACUUUUUAUUCUUUAUUAAAAUACAAUUAAAUAAAUAUGGUUUAUUAAUAUAUAUUAAAUUAAAGCAAUCAUAUUAUACAUUUUAUAUGUAUAGAACAUUCCUAUUUAAAUGUCGAUUAAUAAAACACUUUCAUAAAAUACAAUCUGUUUGAUAAAUGCAAUUUUACAGAACUGUUUUUAUGCAGCCCAGCGUAUGUAUUAUAUUUGUUUUAAAUUAAAAUUUAUUUAUUUAAAAUACUAUAUGAAAACCAUACAUGUUUUGUAUGUAUGUAUUGAACAUGUACCUACCUUUUUACAAUAUUUUGGAAAUGUUUAUUUAGUUUUAAUUAAAAUUUAUUUUAUUCUAGUAAUGAUACAAACUAAUCUAUUUGAAGAACGCAUGUGUUUACAUUCUUCACUGAGGAAAAAUAAAUCUAUAAACUGUUAUAAUAUGACUUCUACAGAAAAAGAAAUAUUUCAACCAGCUGUUGCUAAUUUACAAAUGUAUAAAAAUCUGAUUGAAACAUUAUUACCAUGUAUAACUGCAUUAUUUUUAGGACCAUGGAGUGAUGUAAAUGGUCGUUUACCACUAUUUUUAGCAGCUAUUUCAGGUUUGAAUUUUAAUAUAAAAUGUAUAGUUUAAUAUUAAUUUCAAUUGUAAAUAUUUUAUGUUUAAGGAAUGGUUAUCUCUAACUGUAUGUACUGUGUUUUUUCUGCAAUGCCGGAAUUGUCACCACAAUUUUUUUUACUGUGUAGUUUACCAGUUGCCAUAAGUGGUGGCAGUGGAGCAUUAUUUAUCGCUUCAUUUUGUUAUAUUGUAGAUAUAACUGAUGUGCAAACAAGAGCAUUUAGGUAAUAUUAAAAAAAAAUAGUGAUUAAUCAUAAAUUUAUUAAAUAAUCAAUGUUAUACUAAAACUGUAUAAUAUAACAAAUAUAGCAAAAUACUUAGUAUGUGGUAUAAUCACCACAUUGAAGCAAUUUCUAGUGUAACCCUAGGAUAACAAUUACCAGUUUUUCAUAAUUUUUCAACCAUUCAUUGAUUUAUUAUUGAUACCUCUAUGUGGGUAUCAUUUUCAGAGUUAUAGACUUAACAGUUUAAAAUAUACAACUUAGAAAGGGAGAUUUUGGAAAAAUACUAUUUAGGAUAAAUACCAAGUAUCAUUUUGUUUGCUGAUGUGUAAUAAUCUAUUUAACUUUAAUUUUAAUAAAGCAAUAGUUGCUGUUAAUGGUUUAUUAUAAUAAAUAUUAUACCAUAUAUAUGAUUUAUGUUUAACGCUUUGUGGUUUGCUGGAUUUAAAAAAAAAAUAUAUACAUUUAUUUUUAGAUUAGGAAUAUUGCAAACAUUUAUAGCAUUUGGGUCAAUUCUUGGAUCAAUCAUCAGUCCAUUUCUGUAUAAUAAAUCAUUUACAUAUGCUUUUACUUUAUCGUCAAUUUGUACAAUAGCAGGACUUCUUUAUACAUAUAUUUAUCUCAAAGAAACUAUUGUCAUAAAAGAGGUAUUUAUUAUUUAAGUUUAAUAUUUGUAAAUAUAAAUAUUUAAUGUUUUAGUAUUUGAUUUAUUUAAUACUUAUUUAUUUAGAAAAUGUUCUUUUCUUUUUGUGAGAUUAUUUUAUUGGGUUGUUUCUUUAAACUUUCUUUUGGUAAAAUUGUAUGUAUGUCAACAAAUAAAAAUUCAAUUUUUUAGAAAUCAUUAUUUUAAAAUUCUCAUUUUUUACAAAAGUACCAAUUAAAAAAGUAAAACUAAAGCACAUCUCAAUUAAGAGAAUGUUUUGUCAGAAUUAUUUAAAAUAAACAUGAGAUCUACAGAGUGUCCCACAGUGUUCUCUGAAUGAUAAUAACUCUGUCAAUAUUUACUACCACAUUUUUUUUUUAAUAGAAUUUUGUGUCUAAAAGACACAAAUAUAGAGAAGAAUAAAAUUUUUAAUCACUGAAAAAAAUAAUAAUAACUUAAAUUACUUUUUAAAUUUUUCAAAAUAGCCAAUUUGUAAAGUAUAUAAUUCUAAACAUUUUAAACAUUUAAAUGUAUCAUACAUUCAUAUCCAAUAGUUUCUUAAUAAUAGCAUAUUAUUAAACUUUAUUAACAUAAACUAGUUAUUACUAAGAAACUAUUGAUGGGAUAUGAAUAUGUGAUACAUUAACAUUUUUAGAAAAAUAUAUUUUUCCCUCUAUCAUUUUAAACAUAUACUUAAAGUUAUUUAAUUCUGAUUGUUUUCUUGCAGGGUGUCAAUACCAAACUAUUUAACAUAAAACUUGUAAGAGAUAUAUGGCAAACAGUUAUGAAGCCACGGUUUGGCUAUUUGAGAUGUAUAAUUUUGUUAUCUGCUGUAGUUUUAACUUUUAAUGUAUCCAUAUUAUUAGGUAAAUAUCUCUAUUAUUUAUAUUUUUUCUGAUAUAAUAUAAAUUUUACUACAAAACAUAUGUAGAUAAGUUAUAUAAGGAAUAAAAUUAAAAUUUAAGCUACACAAUACUAAUGUACACUAAAUAUAAUUUUUACAUUACAUUACAGUGUAUAUAGAUCAGUGUUUUUCAAUCCUUUUGUUUUACAACACACUAAUUCUAACUUUUUUUUAGCUAUGACAAUGCCAGUACCAGAUUUAGUGAGACCCUAGAAAAAUAUGCCCUGAAAACGGCUUAUACAAAUCAAUACAAUUUUCAUCUCUUUAUCUUUGUAUUGAAUUUAGUUUUUUGAAUAUAUUUUUGGAAGAAUAAAUCCAUUUAAGUGGUUACACUCAUUAUCUCAGAAAGUAUUAACUUUUUUCAAAACUUGUUUUCUAGAACAUUUAAAAAACAAGCAGCUCUACAAUUUUAUAUUUAUGUUAUUUUUUGUCACCCUUAUGUUAGGGGAUAAAACCACUAUCUACUUUUUAUUUUCAAAUAUAUAUAAACCUACAUAUAUUGAAAAGUCCAUAAAUAAAUUUGAGUGUUAACCUUUUUUGAUUUGUGUUAAGCUGUUAACGAAAUAUUUUUAAUUUCAGAUUGGAAGAGAGUAGUGGUGCACACCACACACCCUAUCUUCACACAAAUGAUACUCCACUACUCUUUUCCAACCCAAACUUAAAAGUGGAAUAUCUCGUCAACAGCUUGACAGAAAUUAGUUGGGAAACACUGAUGUAGGCAAAACUUUAUUACUUGUAAAUUUAAUAUGUAUUUUAUAUUGUAUUUUAGGAGAAGAUUCUCUUUUAUAUUUGUAUCUGCAAAAACAGUUUUCAUGGACAUUAGAAAAUUAUACUUUAUUUAAUGCAUAUUCAACAUUACUUGGUGGUAUGCACUUUUAAUUUUGGUUAUAAACUAUCAAAUGAAUUAAAUAAAUUAUGUAUUAUUUCAGCUAUUGUUCCAGUGAUUGGUUUAUAUGUCCUUAGUACAAAAUUACAAAUAUCUGAUAUAUAUCUAGCUACUGUUGCAAGUGGAUUUCGAAUUAUAGAAAAAGUUGGUUUAGCAUAUUCUGUGUACAAGUGGAAUUUUUACAUUUUAAAAAUUGUUGGUUGCUUCGUUUAUACUAGUGAACCACUAGUCCGGUCUCAAUUGUCAAAGAUUUUUCCAUCUGAAGACUUGGGUAAAUUAUAAUGAAUAUAAUUGAUUGACUAAUAAUCACACAGCUCAUUUAUAUAUUUAGGUAAAAUAUAUGCUUUCAUUAGUGUUAUAGAAGGUUUUGGAAUAUUACUUAGUUCUCCAAUGUAUACAACAAUUUAUGAUAUGACUAUACACAGUUAUGCAAAUUGUAUUUUUAUAGUAUCAUCUAUACUUGGAACACUCAUUUUAUUUUUAUACUUGUAAGUACAAUUUGUAUCAAUCUAUUUAUGUAGUAUUUAUAAUAUAAGGCUAUAACUUUUAAAUUUAAAUUAAUUGUGUAAUAUUAUGAUCUUUAAAUACCUAUAAUUUGUUAAAAAUAAAAUUAACAUGUGCAGUAGGUUUGCAGAUGGUUUAGUUUUGAUAAAAGAAAUAAUAUAAUAUGAGUGGAGGAACAAGACAAGACACCUAAUGUCAAGAAGCAGUGAAGUAAUAAGCAAGAUUGAGAGCUUUAAGUACCUAGGAUGUUUUAUUAAAAACCCUAUAACUUUGACAAGGAUGUGAAACAUAGGAUUAAGUGGAGAAAAGCAUCAGGUGUUUUAUGUGACAAGAGGAUUUUAAUGAGACUUGAAGUUUUACAAAAAUGUAGUGAGACUGACUAUAUUAUAUGGUUCGGAAUGUUGAGUGGCAGACAAAAAAAUAGAACAGAGUGAAUGUAGCAGUAAUAAGAAUACCUUAAUGGUUGAGUGGAAUGCUGAGAAAAGAUAGAAUACGAAAUGAGUACAUGAGAGGUAGCUUAGCUGUAACUUUGAUGGUAGAUAAAAUAAGAGAAAUAGACUGAAAUGGAUUGAGCAUGGAAGAGAAGAAUCUCGAGCAAUAAGCAUUGUAACAAAAAUAAUUGUAGGAGGAAAUAAGCAGAGAAAGAAGAUUAAAAAUGUAGUGGUUGGAUGAGUACAAUACAUUAAUGUAUAUGAGGUAGAAGUCUGGUCAGUUGAAAGUUUAUAACGAGGGUGCCAUUAUUCUUAAAAAUUGGAAUUACGAUGAAGGAGAAAAAAAUAAAAUCUGAUUCAAAUAACUAAUCAAUAUUAUUUUAAACUUAGUAAAUAUUAUCAUUAAUUACAAAAUGUAUGAAGUAUAAUGAAUUUAUACUUAAUAUAUUUGAUUAUUUUUAAAUUAAUUUAACAAUCACUUUUUAAUUACAUAUUUUUCUUUGUCUAUUUAAAAUAAUGUGUAAUUAAUGCAUUUAGAACCAUUAAAAUUAAAUUUUAUCCUAUUUUCAGAAUUAUAUUGUUAUGUCUUUCUAAAAGUACCAAACCAGAACAUUUAUUGACAGAAAAUUAA